AUGACAACAUUGGACAUGUCCUUGCCGGGCCUGAACCAGCCUCCCCUCAUCACCUCAUUACUCCCUGUCCGGACAAGCUCCCCGUUCCCGCCUCUCGCCAGUAUGCGCCCUUCGAUGCAUGCACCUACUUAUGUGACUCGGCUCAUCACCGCGCAGCAGCCGUUUCAUCCUUUCUCUACCGCCUCACGAACACAUGUUGCAGCACGCGCAUAUCGCCAAACCUUGUCGGAUCCGGGUGAACACCCCCGAGAUUCGAGUACGCUCAGGCCGCCUCCCAUACCAUCAGGUUUGCAAACAUUCCAUGUUCAAGCCGAUGUCAUCGUUGGCGUGUCGUCUUCUGAUCGUGAGACCAGCAUGAAGCCUUCAGUUCAAUUACCGAAAUUGCAGUCAAGCGCUGACGGGUAUGCCGAGCCAGGGCCAUCCAGGCUUCAAGAGGCCGACGUGCCGGUUCAGUGA